UCUGAGUAGGCACUGAAGAGCUCUGCUUUCAUCCCUCCCUCUCUCGCACUCGUUCUCUCCAUUCCUCCACCGCCAGGCACUGCAAUUAUGCCUCGUUCACUUCGCCCUCUCUCUCUCUCUCGCUCAACUCCCGUCCUCUUUCGUUCAUCAAAGAGGAGUUCCUUCCGAAUCCUGCGCUGCGCUAGUUAGGGAAUCCUUCUCCAUGACCUGUCUCUCUUCGACGGGACACUUUCUUCAAUGGGAACACAUUUCACUGGGACGAGUCUUUGAGUUGAUUUCAGGUAACAAUCACCUUUUUUUAGCUACAAGCCUCAGUGUGGAUUUCUGUCAGAGAGUUUGCAACUGUGUUCCUGCUUUGUGGGUUCUUCUGUCUCCGGGAGUUGUUUAAGGGGCUGCUGAGGCUCUGCUGAGCUCGCUGGAGGAGAAGAAGAUUGAAAGAUGAAGACAGAGCAGUAGAAGAAACAAAAAGGGGAAGUGAAGGAGAAGUGGAGCAGAAUCACUCCGGGAGAAGAAGAAGAAAAGACGAUCAUUGGUCAGCAGAGACUGGAACAGCUUGCUGUCCCUAAAGCGGAGAGGAAGAGAGAGAGCGAGGCGCAUGUAAUAGAUGUAGAAAGCAGUAAGUGUUGAUCUCUGGACUCCUUCAAGACUUUCCAAAGGCACUUCUAUUCUUUGAGCAGGACAUUCGCGGUCAUCUUCAUUUCUCCACACACGUAUACAGAAGGACUGAGCACCUAUGACCCUGCGCUGCCUCUGGCUUCUCUAAGACCUGCAGUCUCUGAGCCAAUCACAUCAUAAGGACUGGGUUCUACCCUUUGCCUGACGACAGGUCUACUUUAAACUCCAGUCCUAGCCAUGCAGGUGUCUUUCGCUUGCACGGACCACGGUCUCAAGGCCCCGCGGGCCAACGAGCCAACCAAGCAGAACACGGCCAGUCCUAAUACAGCCAGCGCCGCCCGCGCCCGCUUCCGGACAGUGGCGCUGAUCGCCCGCAGCCUGGGCUCCUUCACACAUCGUCACCACAUCUCCCUGAAGGAAUCCACCGGCAAACUCACCGGCAUGAAGUACAGGAAUCUUGGGAAGUCAGGACUGCGAGUAUCGUGUUUGGGGCUCGGAACAUGGGUGACAUUUGGUGGUCAGAUUUCCGAUGAGGUUGCAGAGCAGCUCAUGACUAUAGCCUAUGAGAAUGGGGUGAAUCUCUUUGACACUGCUGAGGUGUACUCAGCCGGAAAAGCUGAAAUCAUCCUCGGAAAUAUCAUCAAGAAGAAAUGCUGGAGGAGAUCCAGUCUAGUCAUCACUACCAAACUUUACUGGGGAGGAAAAGCAGAAACUGAAAGAGGCCUUUCGAGGAAGCACAUUAUUGAAGGUCUGAAGGGUUCUUUACAGAGGUUACAGCUGGAAUAUGUGGAUGUGGUCUUUGCCAAUAGGCCUGACAACAACACUCCUAUGGAGGAAAUUGUGAGGGCGAUGACUCACGCUAUUAACCAGGGAAUGGCCAUGUACUGGGGGACAUCACGCUGGACUGCCAUGGAGAUCAUGGAGGCGUACUCUGUGGCUAGGCAGUUUAACCUGAUUCCUCCGGUGUGUGAACAGGCUGAGUAUCAUUUCUUCCAGAGAGAUAAAGUGGAGGUGCAGCUGCCUGAGCUCUAUCAUAAGAUAGGUGUGGGUGUGGUGUCCUGGUCUCCUCUGGCCUGCGGAAUCAUCACAGGAAAAUACGAGAACGGUGUCCCAGAAUCCUCUAGGGCAUCCAUGAAGUCGUACCAGUGGCUGAAGGACAAGAUAGUGAGUGAGGAUGGGAGGAAACAGCAGGCUAAGCUGAAGGAGCUGAGACACAUCACUGAAAAACUCAACUGUACACUGCCACAACUCGCCGUCGCCUGGUGCCUACGGAAUGAGGGAGUGAGUUCAGUUCUUUUAGGGACGUCCAACCCUGCACAGCUCACAGAGAACCUGGGCGCAAUUCAGGUUCUUCCAAAGAUUACUCCUCACAUUGCCUCAGAGAUUGACAAAAUCCUGGGUAACAAACCCCACAGUAAGAAAGACUACCACCACUGAGGCCCAGUAGGGCCGCUGCUGACGCCUGGACUUCUGGGACUGAGGAGGAUGGACCUGUCUGUCGUUUUCGACCCGGGUGUCCCUCACCUGCUCGUCCAGAGAUGUGUCGUUCUCAGCGUUCCGGUGUAUUCAGGGCCAGUCAACAGAGCCAUGCAUGCCUCCUCUAGCCCUCAAUCCCAAGAUCUACUGUGUGUCAGUGUGUAUGUGUGAAGACCUCUGUGGACAAACACCUGAACCGUGAAAGCCCAUAUUCUAAAUAUGCCAAUAGGUGUAUUAAGACACAAUUAGCGGUUCGUCAUCCAUAUAUACCAAAGUCAACCCUCUUUUGACUCUUUCACCACACUGGACUUAUCCUCAAAGGGCAGUUAAAACUGAUUUGUGUGAAUAGUCCAGCCUGACAAAAUAAAGCGUCAAUCUAGCGGGUGCAAUGCCUAUGGGAUUGAGUUGUGUUAACUGGAUUCAUCGGUGGGUGACCAAACAAGAUGGAAAAACAUGCAAACAGUGCUGUGGACUGUUACUGUGUUCUACAAACUGUGCUCCAAAUAUUAUUACCCAACAGAAAAACCAAUAUUCUCAAUUCAAGAAAUGUGUCCUUUACCCAUUGUAAAAAUGUUGUCUGAUCAAAGUUGUGCUGUGGUCUAUGUUACCAUAGAUGGAUAUGAACCUGUUCCAAGGAACCUGCUAUUUCUGCUGUUGGAUUUGAAGCUUAAAUCCCAAGACUGUAUGCAUUGUAUUUAUUCAUUGGCUUUGCUAUGGACAGCAAUGGCCAUGCUGCUGUGUUCGCUAGCGUUUGAGCUUCAGAGAAAAAAAUAUAUAUACUUGCAAACGGUUGUGGUAGGUUGACAUUUGGUAUGAUGCAUAGAUUAUGCGAUUUGUUUACGGCUGACCAUUCAUAUGAAAUGGUCAAAGUGUUUACAAGUUCGUGAAAUGAUUAGGCUGUAAUACAUCAUUGUAGAGUUUGUUUUUAGCAUUGAAAUAAAACGGCUCCUCACCACA